AUGCGCGUCGGCAACCGUGGACCUGGCCGCUGUACGUCGUGGCCUGCGGGAAGACGCCCUUCGCACGGGCAAGAUGGAGGAGGUGCACAGGGGCACAGCGAGGGCCGACGAUUUCCAGAUACGCGAUGGUUGCUCCUCCACAGGGAGCACUCUACGUGCGGCGAAGACGACCUCCGCGCAAGGGCCCAUGCCAGCAGAGUAUUUCGACGACUGAGCUCUUCACACCCACUCUUUCAGCCAGCACAUUCCAGGGGUUCGCCCUCGGACGAGGAACAGGCACCAGUCCCGAGCUCCCAGGUGGAUAACAAGCGGCAAGACCUGGAAAUCAAAGACAGCAGCGGAAUUGACGCCACCAAGCUGAGUCGCUUUGUUCGGAUCAAUGAACUCCGCUGGGUAACCGAGUACAACCCUAUGACUGCAGUAGGUCUCUUUAAUAGCACCAUUCAGACCCACCUUCUCUUGUUCACUGACAAGUCAUCCCCAAAGCAUGGGGAGAUGAUGGACAAGUAUCGUGAAGCAGCAGUUCUCUUCCAAGGGAAGAUUCUAUUUAUCUCAGUGGACGUCCGUGCAAAGGGCAAUGACAGGGUUAUGUCUUAUUUUCACCUGAAGAAGUCUCAGCUGCCUGCACUGGCUGCAUUCCACACUCCAGAUGAGGAGCAGGAGGUGCUGUCCGUGGAUGAAGUCUCCCUGGAGACUGUAAGGGGUUUUUGCAAUGGUUUCUUACGGAGAAAGGAAUUGAAAGAAAACUCUAAGCCAGAGGAUAAGAUCUUCAAAGAGGAACUCUGACUCUGUUCCAACAGCCUCUAGCCACAACCUAAUUCCUGCUGUAGUUCUGUGCAUACUCUUGUCCUGGGGGGUUGGGGGAUAAUCAGCAGCAACCAACAGUCACACAACAGAAAUGUGCCAGACCAUGUCAGCUGAGUUCAAUACUUCCUUGAUUCUCCCAUAAUGCUCACAUUGGCCAGACCCACACUAUACCUCUGGCUUUCACCAGAGAUAUAUGGGAACUGUAGGGUUAUUUGGGAGAAGUCAUGUGCUUUACAUGUGCAUUGAAUAUGCUUUAAAGGUAUAGUCUGGGUCUGCCCAUUGCCUUUCCUACUUUACCAGCUCCAUCUUUUCAGUUUUGUUCUUUGAUAAUUCAAGCUCUGCCCUGUUUUGCAAACAAUGAGAUUAAGGGCUGCUGGGAUCUGCUAGCUUUGGGCAGGCUGCCAGGUAGUUGGCUCUUG